GCACUCAUAUUUAUAUGGAGCGAUUGUGAGUCACGUGCUCAUGUGACAAGUCUAUGACAACACGUGUUUGUGUUUUUUCCGACUUUCAUAAAUUGAACAGUCUAUUUAUUACAAUCAGAUUAAGUUAUGAUAGAUAAAAAAUGUUGUAUCUGCGAAAAGGAAGAUGCACCUUACAAAUGUCCGAUAUGCAAAAAACCUUACUGCUCUGUAACAUGUUGCAAGGAGCAUAAGAAUCAAAUCUGUGAGCCUCCCAAAUUACCUGAGGAACCCAAGGAACAUGAGAUUAAACGGAACUACCAGUUUCCAACAGAAGAUACUGUGCCUAUGGAGAAAUUGCAACAAUUGCAAUAUAGCAAGGAAUUGAAAGAAUGCCUCAAGCGUUCCGACUUGCGCAAUAUAAUGAAGGCAGUUCUUAAUAGUGAAAAUCCUACCGAGGCAAUAGCAUCAGCCAUGAAGAUGCCUUUAUUUGUGGAGAUGGCUGAUGUCUGUUUAAAAAUUGUGGAACCACCAGAUGAUGUUAAGCCAUGUUGAUUUCUGAUGUCCAAGUUAAAAAACAAUUAUUAACUUGUUUAUUUUAAUCACAUUACCUGAACUCCACGAGCCAAAGCAAUAGUGACCGGCCUAGUGGAAUCAACUGCUUUGGCAUGAUGUGCGAUCUGCUUGAAAUAUUCCUCGGCCUGAG